UUAGAUCUCUGAUCUCCAGGUCUCUAUGAUCUUAUUCUUCUCUUCGCUAGCUCACUAAACUAGGCAUAAGCUCAGCACUCAGCACUAAUUUUAUCGUCGUCGGAAGUCGUGACGGAAAAGUAAGUGGCAGCCAGACACCGAUGCAUUUCACUACGUUUACCCUGCUUAGAUGUAGUGUCGUGUGUUUUCCUGCUGCACUUCUUUUGUUCCAUCAUUCUGACAUUUGUGAUUCACCAUGCCUUGUUGGUACUUUGAGCGGAGAGAAAUCAAGAAUUCUGCAUCAUAUCGAGAUGGUAUUGACAGUAACACUGAAAACCGGUACCGGAGAGAAGGAGCUAGGUUCAUUCUUGAUGCAGGGACAAAAAUGGGGCUACGUUAUGACACGUGUGCUACGGGUGUGGUAUACUUUCACAGGUUUUACAUGUUCCAUUCAUUCAAAGAAUUUUACAGAUAUGUAACUGCAGCUUGUUGUCUUUUCUUGGCUGGAAAAGUGGAAGAAACCCCCAAAAAGUGCAAAGAUAUAAUCAAAAUAGCUCAAAGCCUCUUAUCUGCUUCAUCUUUCCAGAGGUUUGGGGAGGACCCUAGGGAAGAAGUCAUGACUAUGGAGAGAAUCCUGUUAAAGACAAUCAAAUUUGACCUACAGGUUGAGCAUCCGUAUGGGUUUUUGAUUAAAUAUCUCAAGUAUUUCAAAGGAGAGAAGGAAAAGACGCAGAAAAUGGCUCAGAUGGCUUGGACUUUUAUUAAUGACAGCCUGUGCACCACCCUGAGCCUGCAGUGGGAGCCAGAGAUCAUUGCAGUGUCUCUCAUGUACCUGGCAUCCCGGCUCACAAAGUUUGAUCCCAGCGAUUGGUCGGGCCGCUCCAGCAGCAAGACCAAGUGGUGGGAGGAUUUUGUGGAGGGGAUGAGCAUGGAGCUGAUGGAAGACAUUUGCCAUCAAGUGCUGGACCUCUACUCAAAGCAACAACAGAAGAAAGGUCUGGACGCAGAUUCACCCCCACAGAGUCCAGCCAAGCCAUCCAGGACCCAGGACAGCCCUCCCCCUCCUCCACCACCUGAUAAGACUCCCGGCAAAAGAAGUAGAGAGGUGACACCAUCAGAGCCGGAGAGAGAGGCAAAAUCGGUAAAGCAAGAGAAAGAAACAAAGAUGGCAGCCUCCAAGUCCUCUUCGGCCAGUGCUGCCACAAGCACAACAGCUGGAGCUCCCAUCCCCGUGGCCCAGCACAUCACUUCACAGGCAAGCACCCACUCAAGCUACUCCAGUAUCGAGGCCCCGACCACAGACUUCAACUCGUUCAACCCGUACGUCUCCUCGCAGAUGUUCUCGGCCUCCUUUUUGUCACAAGAGGGAUCGCAAAACAUACAGUCCAUCCUGGCGGGAAAUUCCGCCCCUCCGCCAGCCAAAGUCCCCUCUUAUCCUCCAGAUCCACACCAUGCAUCCCGCCACCCUCCCCCACCUGUGGUCGCAGAUGCGUCUCAGUACCCUCCGCCCCCUGUGCCCUCUGACCCUCAGUACUCCUACCCUCCCCCCUCUCAACCUCCAUACCUCCCUCCGCCAUCCAUCCCACCACCUCAUUCUUACCCUCCACCUGUUACAUCUGCUCCCCCAUAUGACCCAUAUUCACUCCCACCCAACCCGACAUCGUAUCUACCCCCCUCAUAUCCUCCACCGGUCACCCAACCUCCCCCACAAGGAUCAUUCCCCCCUCCCGGCCUUCCCCCCUCCCAGUACAGCGGCUACCCGUAUCCACCCGGAGGACAUGUCCCCCCCCCCAAUCUACCCCCUCCUGGGCUGCCACCACCCCCUCACGCCAGUAGCUACCCCCCUCCGUCAUCAUCCAGCUACAGUUCACACCCCCCUCCCGGCUCAUCAUCGCAGCCUUCAAGCUACGGAUCAUCAAGACAACAACAUCGGGGCAACUUCGGCAAGCAAGGGAAACAUGGCCAUCAGCGCAAGGAGAUCCCAUCUCUCACAGAGAUAAAGAUUUCUGGACGGCCGGAGUGGGGUCUCCCUAAGUAAUGUGCGUUAGUGUCCAAUGUUUUCUAUAUGUUUGAGUUUGUUGCCUGGGGGAGGGGGGGGAUGUUACGUUUUAUUUAUGGCUUUUACUAUGUCAUGUAGGUUUAUACUCUGUUGCACACUAGGCAGGACAGAAAAAAAUACACAAUUCAUUGAACGCCGUAGUGUUUUGGAGCUUUCGGGGCCUUUGAGAUAUUUGAUACUAGUUGAAACUUUCUCACGCUAGAGGCUCAGUUUAUCAAAAACUUAAAUUCUUCCAACUUCACUCAAAAGUCUACCAUAUCUUCUUGUAUUACGAGAACUGUUGAUUAUAAUUACUGGUACUUUUGAAUGCAUGUUUUAUUCUUGAAAUGUAGGAGAAUGUAGUCAUGAUGUCUUGUGAGAUUUGUUAUGCUUGUACAAAAUGGAUUUCAAUCCUUUUUUUUUCUGAAUCCUUUGCCCAUGUUGUGUACUGGUACCUCAAUUAGAUGACUACCCAAAGAAAGUUUAUUUAAUGUUACUGUGUGCUGAAAAAGGAUGCUAAUAUAAUAUAAUGAAAUGUUUAUUCUCCAAGUUUUCAUUAAAUUCAUUGCAGUGUAAAACAGAAAUGAAAAUAAAACUUAGUGUCAGAAACUGUUUAAUGUCUUCAUAGCAGGGGAAGGGUAAUGGUUGUAAAAUCUAUUUAGAAUUAUGCUCGUACUGAGUUGUACCGAGCAGUUUCUCUAAUAUUUCAACUUCGUAUGCUUCUGCUCAUCUGAUAUGGGUUGCCAAUAAAACUGGUUUCUCUGAGAUCUGUGUACUUUUCAAAGUUACUCCAUGCGUCAAAACUUUCUGAUGCACUUGGUGGGUUCAGUUGGUGCCGUUGCUAGCUUAUCAGAAGGCUGUCAUUUGUUGGUAGUUGAGGUUUUGGUAAAGAAUCAAUUUGUGUUGAAAAUUAGAAAAUGGUCUCAUUUUUAAACUUAUGAAAACUUGGUUGCUCAUUCAUUCUUUCUCCCUCAUAAAAGAAAAAUUAGUGUGCCAUGAUUGUGAAGAUUUUUUUGCUGCUGGUACUGGUAAUAAGAAUGAUUUCUCACUCUCUUGUAUUUUUUUUAUUUGUUUGGUGUGUUUGGUCUUCCCACUCUUUCUAAGCAUGGAGUCUCUUUCUCUGUUACCUUUAGUUCACAUGUUUUUCCCUCAUUUUAUUUCCUUUGUGAGACUAUGCUGGGUCUUUUGCUACUUUUGGUUCAUUGUUGUCGAAUGUUGCUCUUCUCGAUGAAUAAAGCAUGUUUCAUUCCAGAGAGAAUAAGAUUGUGAAGAACGAAUGUAUGGAAUGUAAGGAAGGGAUUUUUUAUUGAAAAAUGUGAGGCAGCGUGAUGGAAUCAGGCUCUCGUCAAUUUUUGGGCAUGUAGAGUUAUUGGUAUUAUCUUAAAGCUUUUUC